AUGACGCUUUCCGCCCCCGCGGUCUCCGCGCCGGCGCUCCUCCGCACGCUGGCGCUCGCGCCGAGAGUCACGGCGCUUUCUCUGGAGGCGAGCGCCGUCGAUUUCUACGACGACGAGUUCCUGUCUCGCCUGCUCUCCGCGCGCCCUCACCUCGCCCGCCUCAGCAUCGCCCCUCCCCGUUUCACCGGAACUUCCCACUUUCGAAUCGGCACGAAAUCUUUCGAGAAUUUCUUCCGCGUCGCGUCGUCGCGCCUGCAAGAGCUCUCGCUGCGCGAGUGUCUCGGCCACACGACGAAGCUCCCUGCUUCAGUCGCGUCGCUGUCGUCGCUGCGCGUGUUCCGCCUGUGCUCCAAGGUUCUCCGCUCGCUGCCCGACGAGGUGUGCCAGCUGUCUGCCUUGCAAGAACUUUACCUGAGCUGCCCGUUGCUGCAGCAGCUGCCCGAAAAUUUCGGCCAGCUAACGAGGCUGGAGCACCUGUCGUUCACGGACUGCAAGGUAUUGCGGCGUCUGCCGGAAUCUUUCGGCGAUCUCGCCUCGCUCACCUCUCUCCACGUCGACGGCUCGUGGCAGGUCGAUCGCUUCCCGCCUCGCGUCGGCGCGCUGCAGCAGAUGCGGCGACUGGAGCUGCGAAACUUCACUGGCGCGUCGUUACCAGACGCAUGCAAGAAAUGGGCGAACCUCGAACAAGUCACUCUGGAUUCGUGCGCCAUGCGCACUUUCCAGCUCGCGUCCGUACACUCGCUCACGCACCUCACCAUCAGCGUCUGCUGGAAGCUCCAAUCGCUCCCACCCAUCCUGCCCCAGGCGUCCGCGUUGCGCCAACUAACGCUCAACCGUCUCAUGUUUGAUGUACCCCUCGAGCCGCUAAGCCAGCUGGUAUCUCUGGAGCGCCUCGAGGUCUCUGCCGUCUACCAUUCAGUGCGCUUUCCCGAGGCGCUCUUUGCGCUGCCGUCGCUGGCGUAUGUGAAGGUGGGGUCCGUCAUGAGGCUGGACCGUCGUCACGAUGUGACAGAGACGGGGAACGCGAGGCAGGUGGCAGAGCUCCUGGGAUACCAUCUCAGCAUCUGCGUGGGCAGCGUGGGGUACGAGAGGCUCUUCGCCCGUCUGUGCUCGCUGCUCUCCCUCACGCACCUCCACAUCGAGUGCCUCUCCUCCGCAACACUCCCCUCCGACCUGGGUCAUCUCACCAACCUGCGCUCGCUCUCCCUCUGCGGCUGGCUCUGCCUGCCGAACUCCCUCUCCCCCCUCGCCCCAUGCCUGCAAUCCCUGAAACUGCACUACACCGGCAACAACGCCGCCUUCCCCCGAGUGCCCCCGUCCUUUCUCACGGUCCUCACCUCUCUCACAGACCUCCGCCUCCGCAACAUACACCUUCCCUCCCCCCCGCCUGCCUUUGCGCGCCUGCGCGCCCUCCGCACGCUGUGCAUAGAUUUCGACUGGGGCCUCCCCACCCACGUGGCCCUUCCAGAAGAUCUGGGCCAGCUGGCAGCCUUGGAGUGGCUGGAGCUGAGAGGCUUCUGCAUAAAAGACGGGCUCCCGCUGUCCUUCUGUGAUCUGACCUCCCUGCGCCGCCUGUUUAUCGAUAGCAAAACCCUAAAGCACCUGCCCGAGGCGAUUUCUCAGCUGUCGAGCCUGGAAGAGCUCACUCUUGACUCGUCCUACGAGCUGGAAUCCCUACCCCCGGGGUUGGGCCGCCUGGGAGUGCUGAAGAAGCUGAGUGUUCGCGGGGGGUCCAAGGAUUAUCUGCCCGACACUCUGGCCAGCUUAUCCUUGCUUGAGGAGGUCUCAUUGACUCAUUGUUCCCACAGUUUCAGCCUGCCUCCCUCCUUCUGCCUCCUCCCUCGUCUGCUCACACUUACUCUUACCAACUGCAAGAAGUUCCACCAUCUGCCUGACUCGUUCUCCAAACUUCCCUCUCUGACCCUCCUCACCAUCUCGGACUGCCCGGAAUUCUCCUGCCUUCCUGAAACAUUUGGCUUCCUGCCCCGCCUAACCCGCCUCACAAUUGUCGAAUGUGACUCAUUCACGCACCUUCCUGGCUCCUUCUCCUCGCUGCCUGCGCUCCGAGUUGCCUGCUUCAGCCUCUGCAAGCAGCUGCACUCCCUCCCGCCCACCCUAGGCAUGCUGCCGCGCUUGGAAGUGCUGCAGUUGAGGGAGUGUGAGGCGCUCAAGUCGCUACUGGAGUCGCUCAGGCAGGCGAGGGCGCUGAGGCACGUGGAUGUGUAUGGCAGUGGGGUGUCGGAGAAAGGGGUGGAGGCGGUGGGCCUUUGUGGGAAACAAGUGCAUGUUGUGUGGGGGAGGAUGGGAAAGGCUGAGAAUGUGGGGACGAAGGACAAGGGGAGGAAGGGGAGAGGAUGUGCGGAGAGGAAAAUGGAGGAAUGA